AAACCCCACAAUUUACUCUCUCUAUAUACUCUCCUCCUCUGUCUAUUCUUCCUAUUUUUUCUCUAUAAUAUUUCCUUUUAAAAAAAAAAAACCAAAAAAAUGAACAAAUAUAUGCUAGUAAUUACAUGCAAAAAUCUUUAGAAAUCUUUUUUCUUGAAAAAAUAGUAAUGGGGUUUGCUUCAAUCUUGUAAAGAUUGGACUUUUAUCCCCCCAAAAAAAAAACUUUUUUUGCUUUUUCCUUGAAAAUGGUGUUCAGUCUUGUAAAGAAUGAAUUUUGAUUAAAGGGGUUUUAAUAGAAUUAAAAAAAAUAUUUUUUUUGCUUAGUUUUUAAUGGAGGAAGAUAACAAUUUUUGUGUUAUUGAUGAUCUUGAUUGUUUGGUGAAUGAUGAUGACCAAAAAAAUCAAGAAAAGAGUAAAGUUUUGAGCUUUAACAAUGACAGAUCAGUGGCAUUGAUUGAUUUAUUGCCAAGUCCUUUAAGUGAAGAAAGUUUUUGUGUAAUGGUUGAAAAGGAAAAAGAUUUUUUACCAGAAAAUGAUUAUCUUAUGAGAUUGAGAAGUGGUGAUUUGGAUUUGAAUGUUAGAACAGAGGCUGUUAAUUGGAUUUGGAAGGCUCAUGUGCAUUAUGGGUUUGGAGAGAUGAGUUUUUGUUUGUCAAUAAAUUACCUCGAUAGGUUUCUGUCUUCGUAUGAAUUGCCAAGAGGUAAUUCUUGGAUAGUUCAGUUGUUAGCUGUUGCCUGUUUAUCCCUUGCAGUCAAAAUGGAAGAAAUUACUGUUCCUUUGAGUGUUGAUUUACAGGUAGGGGAGCCUAAGUAUUUAUUUGAAGGUAAAGCAAUACAAAAGAUGGAACUUUUGGUGUGGCGAACAUUGGGAUGGAGAAUGAAGGCUUAUACACCUUGCACAUUCAUAGAUUAUUUUAUGAGAAAGAUGUAUCUUGAUGAAAUCCCAUCAAUGCGAUCAGUUUCUAGAUCAAUUCAACUAAUAAUAAGCACGACAAAAGGUAUUGACUUCUUGGAAUUCAGGCCUUCUGAGAUUGCAGCAGCAGUGGCAAUGUCUGCAUCAUGGGAAAGGCCACAAGCAAAAGACAUUGAUAAGGCAAUGUCUUGCUACUCCAUACAAGUUCAAAAGGACAGAGUGAUGAAGUGCCUUGAACUGAUUCAAGAUUUGACAUUGGUUAGUGGGACUAGUGUUACUACUAAUACUGCAGCAGCAACAACAACAGCAGGUUUUGCAGUAGCAUAUGCACCUCAAAGUCCCAAUGGGGUGUUGGAAGUUGGUUGCUUGAGCUAUAAAAGUGGUGAAGGAACAACAACAGUUGGUGUAUGUCCAAAUUUAUCGAACACUGAUAAUCCAGAUGCUAAAAGGAGGAAACUUGACACAAACAUCAUUCCAUGAGGGGGACUUGAAAGAACAAAAAAGUCAACAUUUUUUAAUCUUUUUUUUUAGUUUUUAGAGCUUCAAACCAUCAAAGUCCAAUCAGUUUUGGCUAAAUGAAAGUGAUGUUGUGGCUUUAAUAGUCACAAAAGCAUUGAGGAAGAGGGGGGGGGGGGGGGGGGGGGGGGUUGGGGGGAGAGGGGUCCAUGUUUUUAGCAUGAAAAGAAUUGUCACCAGCUGUUAAUAAAUAAAUCUGAGUUGUCAACAACCUUAGUAAUAGGAGGUUGAAGAGAAGGAUGGAGUUUUCUAUCUUCCAAAUUUUGGGUAAUUUUUAAAAAUUUUAAAUGAAAAAUAUAUAGAAUGAAAAAGAGUUUGGAAGAGGGUUGGGAUUGGGGUGGGGGGGGGGGGGGGAAGGAAAAUAGAGGACUAAAGUAGUAUAGUUAAUGGAGGCUUAUUAAGUGGUGUUAUUGCUUUAUUAUUUCUAUUAUGUAAUGAAUUCGAGAUGUAUUUUCAUGGUACUAUGGAAUAAAACAUCCAAAAUGGCCUUGUGCUUUUCUUAUUA